AUGGUGAUGGUGAUGGUGCUGAUGUUGAUGAUUAAUGAUGAUGGUAAUGGUGAUGGUGGUGAUGGUGAUGGUGUUGGUAUUGGUGUUGGUGAUGGUGUUGGUGUUGGUGAUUGUGAUGGUGAUGAUGAUGAUGGUGAUGUGAUGGUGAUGAUGGUGGUGCUGGUGAUGAUGAUUGUUGAUGAUGAUGGCGAUGGUAAUGGUGAUGGUGAUGUUGAUGCUGAUGCUGAUGGUGGUGCUAAUGAUGAUGGUAAUGGUGAUGAUGAUGGUGAUGAUGAUGAUUGUGAUGAUGAUGAUGAUGGUGAUGAUGAUUAUGGUAAUAGUGAUGAUGGUAAUAAUGAUGAUGGUGAUGAUGAUUAUGGUAAUAGUAAUGAUGGUAAUAAUGAUGAUGGUGAUGAUGAUGAGGUGCUCCCUCCAUAG